AUGGCUAGCUCAAAUUCAAUUACCGAUGUCUCCCCUAAAUUUCAGCUGCCUACCAGCCGCUCAAUCAUGGCAGAAGCAAAGGCAGCUAGGCCUGCCCGAGAAUGGUUGGCUACCCAUAACGUUGCUCUAUCUAAUUUCCAGAAGAUUGUUGCAGAGUUGGUGGGUACAUACAUUCUUGUAUUUGUGGGCUGUGGGGCUGCUCUGACUAACAAAAUUCAAAGACUAAAUAUAGUAGGUAUAGCAAUUGUGUGGGGUGCAGUUCUGACGGCAGAUAUUUAUGCACUUGGUCAUAUCUCUGGAGCACAUUUCAAUCCUGCAGUUAGCAUUGCCUUGGCUGUUGCCCGCAAAUUUUCUUGGAAACAUGUACCCAUGUAUAUUUUGGCUCAGGUCCUCGGAUCAACGCUUGCGAGCCUCACUCUUAGACUGUUGUUCCAUGACCAAGGAAACAUUCAACCUAUAUUGAAUCAGUACUCAGAUUCAACCAGUGAUCUUGAAGCUACUGUGUGGGAAUUUAUAAUUACAUUUAUCCUAAUGUUCUUUAUUUGCGGCGUAGCUACAGAUCAUCGAGCGAGCAAAGACCUUUCUGGAGUUGCAAUAGGAGGUGCAGUAAUGUUCAACGUCAUGAUUGCUGGGCCAAUCACUGGAGCUUCGAUGAACCCCGCAAGAAGUUUAGGCCCUGCUCUUGUCUCGGGUGUUUACAAGAAUCUCUGGGUCUAUAUCAUAUCCCCAAUUCUCGGAGCAACGACAGCAGCCAUAGUAUACUCUGUACUUCGGGUACCCGAGCCUGCUAAACCUGACGAGACAAACAGGCCCUCAGACAAUAAUCUCUAUUUGCAUGCUGAUCCAUAG